GUUGAAACUGCCGACGUAACUGCCAACGUCUGGCCAAGUUUGCCCCGAAACCGGUUGCGGCAACAUGGGGGACACGUGGAAAAUCGGAACGUACGCCCGCAUUCGCCCCCUGCACAAGGGGUCCACCAAGGCGUACACUACAACUCCACGCAAAGAUGGCGUGGUCAACACCAUCACAUUUCCGUACCCCGCUGCCCCCGACACUCGAAGCAACCUCAAACAACGGGACGAGCUCGAGUUCAAAUACACACAAGUGUUUGAGCACCCUACUUCCCAAGACACAAUCUUCAACGAAGCGUGCUUGGACAUUGUCACCGGGGCCAUCGACGGCUACAAUGGCACGAUCUUGGCGUAUGGCCAAACAGGCAGCGGCAAGACAUUUACCAUCACGGGAGGCGAGAGCUACCAAGAGCGGGGGAUGGUACCUCGAGUCAUCUCGACGCUGUUUGAAACGUUUGAAUCGCGCUCACACGACAUGUCAUACAAGUGUUUCAUUUCGUACCUCGAGAUUUACAAUGAAAACGUGUACGACCUGUUGGACCGAGCGCACAUGAACAAGCCCGUGGAGGAGUGGACGCGUAUCCAGGUGCAAUUGUCCGACGACGACGACGACAAUGCCCAUUUCCGAAACUUGGGAGUAUACGAAGCGAAAUCCGAAGAAGAAGCGCUAAACUUGCUGUUCCUUGGCAAUGUCCAUCGCGUGACGAGCGACACGCCCAUGAACAUGGCAUCGUCGCGAUCGCAUUCGAUUUUCACCGUGCUGAUCGAAGGCCACCGCAUCAACUCAGAGGUGGUAUUGCACUCGAAACUGCACGUGGUCGACUUGGCGGGGUCCGAACGUGUGUACAAGCGAGACGGUUCCGAGCGCAUGCGAACCGAAGGCCGUUUCAUCAACCUGUCGCUUCAUCAUCUCGAACAAGUCAUCCUGGCCCUGCAAACAAAACCCCCGCCCAAGAAAGGGGCAAAGUCCACCGGCGGCAAACUGCCCAACCACCACCACGUGCCUUAUCGCAACUCGAUGCUCACGUCCGUGCUGCGUGGCAGUCUCGGCGGCAACUCCAAAUCCGUUUUCAUUGGCACGCUAAACCCCGAAACCGAAUUCGUCGACGAGUCGAUCUCGACAUGUCGAUUCAUGCAACGAUGCAGCGAGGUUUCUGUGGACGUCCACGUUAACGAACACAUUGACGUGCAUGCGAUGGUGGCAUUGCUGAAAGCUGAAAACGACCGACUGGACGGCGAUCUCCGCUUAACCCAAGCUGCGUUGAGGGACCAAAUGAACGCCAACACCAAGUUGACGGCAGCGCAAGUAAACUCCUCCGUGGUGAUGGACCUACAAGGAUUCGACAGGACAGAGUGCGAUGAGUUGGUGGAGCGAUUCCUCGUGGCCGAGUGGGACUCACCAGCACAAGCGAACGUCAUGCUUGAAAUACAAGAGCUAGGGUUGGCACAUGCAAUGUACUGCUUGCGAGCAGUCAAGGAGAGCCUCGUGUUUGCGUCCAACACGACGGCGGAAGUACAGGAUGCUUUGAAUAGUCAAACCCUGCGAAUCGUAGACAUGGAGUCGAGGCUGGUUGCUCAACGAGCCGACGCAGACGCCCUCAAGCGCACUAUUGCCUCCCUCACGACCCAAAUUCAAUCGCGGGCAGAUGGCACUCCUCAGAAAGAGUCGACCAAAGUCCAUCCAGUCGCAGGAGUGGCGGCACCACCACCACCACCCAUUUCCAAGCAGCCCCAGCCACUACAACGUCUGGAAGCCGUCGCCCGUCCACUGCAGCAACUUCCCAACGCCCCUCCCCUACUACCCUCAAAGCUCCCUCUCGAACCCCCCAUCACGACUUCAACUGUAAGCAGCACCCGCGGGUCCGACGCCAUCAAGCGGCGCAUGGAAUUACUUAAACAAGGAAGCCUCUUCAUCAAACACGGCCGCCAAGGCAAUCCCCAUCCACGCUUUGUGUGGUGUUCACCCGACUUGCAAUACUUGAACUAUCGAUCUGUGGGGGGAAGCCCCACCCAACCGAUUCAAAUCCCCACGUCGACCUUGCACUCGUUUUUGUCUGGCCAGAAGACAAAGGUAUUUCAACGAAGGGGGGACCCUACGCGCGCUUCGUACUGCUUUUCGCUGCUUUACGAUGACGCCAAGCGGUCGCUGGACCUCGAGGUGGACGAAGGAGACAACGUCGACCGAAACAAAGCCAAGUGCGUCGAGUGGACUGAAGCGCUGCAAUAUCUAAUCAAGGUGAAAGGAGCCCGACCCAAACCAACGACUGGUUGAUGCUAAUCAACUCUGUCCACCGAUUUUUAACAUUAACAUAUGAUUCCUAAUCUAAACUGGGCUGAAUUCCGUACGCCGACGGACGACGCUGCCGUGGAGAGGGCGAAAAGCUCACGCGCUUGGACUGUUUUGCUUCCCGCGUUCGGCGUUUUUUGGAGCGCUUGCCAAAGUGGAGGGUCGAAAUGUCGACGCCACCGAGGGUUUCAAUUUUAACACUGGGGGGCACCGCGGCCUUGGGCCUCCGCCUCUGGCUUGUCGACGACGCCCCAGACUCGCUCUCAGACACUUGACCCGUCGUGCCGUCGUUGGAUGAGUCGCUCCCUGCAUCCGAAGGGGGUUGCGGGGAUGUGGUUUCGUUGAGAAGGGCGACUUCUGCCUGAACACUGCGGAUGGGCUUGAGCAGUAUCACGUCCGUGGACGAGUGGUUAUCGAGGGGCAAUUUGACUUCAAUCUGUUCGAGGACGUUGAUGUCCUCAGGUACCAGCUUCUGCGCACCCGCAACAUGUACCUCAACCAACGGCACGGCAGAUCUAACAUCAUCAUCGUCGACUAUUGACGAAUUGAAAGUGGCAGAUGCAGCGGCUUGGUCUUGUGGCCGAAAUAAAGUGCAAACUGCAUCGGGCAAAUGAGUUUUGAUCUGUCGGUUGCUUUCAAGCACAAGAUCACCCAAUUUCGUAGGGUUUUUCAGUGGCGUCAAUGUUCGAUAUAGGCACUUUGGGGGGGCUAGGUCAUUGGCAUUCCUGGGAAGGGUUGACAACUCUGGGGGGAUUUCUGGGGUUGAAAUAUCUCGCAGGUGAAGUCUUGGAGGCGCACAUGCGUCGUCGACGUUUGCAUUGUUCAGAUGGGAAGGCGAUGAGCUCUUGGCAGCGACUUCAUUCUCCGUGGGUGGGAGCUCAAUGGUCUCGGAUCGAGGGGGGAGCGAUUUCUGCGCCACGAUCUUCGGCGGUGCGAACAGCGCAGGAGCGGCCUCACCAAGGCUGUGCGCUUCACAUUCCACGGCAUGUGCUGCCGUUGAGUAAAUGCGUGGUGGCACCGCACUGGAUCUCGCAUGUUUCACUUGUGGGAAGGGACUUCCGUCGAGCGCGACCGUCGCAAGAGUCGAUGGGUUGUCCGUACCAACGCCCCGGAGUGACGUUGAAACGGGGAUGUGCAACAACGAGGAAUGUUUGUCCCUCUCAGUGUCGGUGAUGCCCGUGUCCCCGUCAGUUGACCCCGCCUUGGUGUGGCCUGAAUGAACACUUGAAACGCCCGCCUUGAGUGCAUUUGAGUCGUCGGACGAGCCAUCUUCGUGGAACGCUGUCGCAAGUUCGUGCGACAAAGUACACUCGUUCGUCGACCGCGUCUCAACGUGUAAUUGUGGCGCAUCUGCACCGCAUACUGACGUGUGAUUGUGGUCGGACAACGAGCCUGUCAGCACGUCGAUAGCCACAUCUGCAGUGACCACAAAUUGUACCGUGGGCGGCGCAUCACAGAGCGCGUUGUCUGUCACGACGUGCGACAACGUCAAUGGUUUUGUGAGGUCACCCAGAUCGAUGUCGUUGUCUGCGUUCUCACGUUCGUUGUGUUUGGCUUUGAAGGGUGAUGACGUUUGAUUGACCAAGGUGACGGCGGCUUGGACCGACUUCACCAGCGCUUGAUCGUCAUCACCAUUGACCUGACACAAGGCAUACACAAGCAGCAACACAUGCACGCACUCGCCCAUGGCCACAGCGAUCCAGAACCCGCUCAAGUGUUGGAAUUGCAACAGCAGAGGCAGCACAAAGCUGCCCGGCACUUGCACACACCACACGUCGAUACACUGAGCCAGCAGCACCAUCGGGCGUUUCUUCAGCACAAUCAGUCCACUUGCAAGCACCACGCGCACACUGGCAAGCACGAGGCACAACAUGAUCCACCUGACAACGUCCACACACUGCUCCAGAAUGCCAGCGUCGUUGGUCCAAAUGCGAAACACUACGCUCUUGUACAUGAACAACGCGGAUGCAAACACAAGCGCAAACAAGGCGCUAUAGGCCAAACCCACAUACAGCACCUGACGAGCGAGUUUUGGCCAGCCAUGGGUCAGGUACACGAGCAUGCGGACUUUGGUGGCCUCCGCCACCCCCAACAGCACUGCCAGAACAAGCAAGAACAGGCAAAACGAAAUAACCCACGCACCCACACGUUCAGAGCCAGCGCCGCCGUCGUCCAAUUGUCGAUGCGGAGCAGUAAAAGGCGACGGACUGUAGCUGGCUAUGGUGCCAACGAUCAGACAUGCAAUACUAAACACCACAACCAUGCCCCCGAGCGGAACGGACACCCGCCAAAACAAUCGAUAACGAUGGAGUCGGUGGCUGUUCCACGCCCAUCCUGACCAAUACGGAACGUGAUAUCGUUUCCACAACACAGUGUAUGCCACGUACAGGGCGACUUGGGUCACGAGACUGGUCACAGUUGCCCAUGGUGACCCGACAAACCCCCAGCCAGACCAGCCAAACGCACCGUAGAUGAACACAAAGUGCAGGUAUAUGUUGAGGACACAGGCCACGGUGGCGCAGACGAGGGCGGGAAGCGCAAUGUCCUGGAUACGCAUAAAGUUGUCAAUGGCAGCCAUGGCCAGACUUGGAAACAGACCGAGCAGAACGAUCGGGGCAAACUCACGGGCGUACGAAAUCGCCACGUCAUCCAACGCAGCUAGAUGCGCUAAGUCGGCGACGUGAACGUAGUAGUAACUCACGGCCAACGUUCCAACCAGUGCAAACCCGAGGGCAGUUUGAAGCCAG